AUGGCUUCACUCUCUAUCUUACGCCAUAACCACUUCUUCUCUGCUACCCUCCCAACCCGACCCAAACCCAAAUAUGCCGCCGCUCCAGGAAGAGUCCGAAUGUCUCUCCAAGAAAACGCACCCACACUCGCCGUCGUCGGAGUCACCGGCGCCGUCGGCCAAGAGUUUCUCUCCGUUCUCUCCGAGCGCGACUUCCCUUACAGCUCCAUCAAAAUGCUGGCGUCAAAACGCUCCGCCGGCCGCCGCUUAACCUUCGAGGACAAAGAGUAUGUUAUAGAGGAGUUGACGGAGGAGAGCUUUAACGGCGUCGACAUUGCUCUAUUUAGUGCCGGUGGAUCGAUUAGUAAAAAGUUUGGUCCUAUUGCUGUGGAUCGAGGAAGUAUUGUUGUUGAUAAUAGCUCGGCGUUUCGAAUGGAUGAGAAUGUGCCGUUGGUGAUCCCUGAAGUGAACCCGGAAGCCAUGGCUGGGAUUAGGGUUGGAUUGGGAAAAGGUGCUCUCAUUGCUAAUCCUAAUUGUUCCACCAUUAUUUGCUUAGUGGCUGCUACUCCUCUUCAUCGACGUGCCAAGGUGGUACGGAUGGUUGUUAGCACAUAUCAGGCUGCUAGUGGUGCUGGUGCUGCUGCAAUGGAAGAACUUGAGUUGCAAACUCGUGAGGUAUUGGCAGGAAAACCACCAACAUGUAAAAUAUUUAGUCGACAGUAUGCUUUUAAUCUGUUCUCACAUAAUGCGCCUAUUCUUUCAAAUGGAUAUAAUGAAGAAGAAAUGAAGUUGGUCAAGGAAACAAGAAAGAUUUGGAGUGACAAUGAUGUUAAAAUAACAGCUACAUGUAUACGAGUUCCUGUCAUGCGGGCUCAUGCUGAGAGUGUAAAUCUUCAAUUCGAGACACCCCUAGAUGAGGACACUGCAAGAGAAAUUUUGAAGAAUGCUCCGGGUGUAGUAGUUAUUGACGACCGUGAAUCCAAUAAUUUUCCUACUCCAUUGGAAGUGUCAAACAAGGACGACGUUGCUGUUGGCAGAAUUCGCCGUGACCUAUCUCAGGAUGGAAAUCAAGGGUUGGACAUUUUUGUUUGCGGGGAUCAAGUUCGCAAGGGAGCUGCACUUAACGCAAUCCAGAUUGCCGAAAUGUUGCUGUGA